AUGUUUGGAUGCAUUGCUCCGCCGAGGCAGUCGAGAAGUAUCAUAAGAUCAUGCUCACAGGACUCUCGAGAGUUUCAUGGUGAUCCAAGAUUCUAUCGCCCGGCGUCAGUAGACCUUCGACAACCACGACACACUCUAACGACACGAGAAAGAUCGGCCACACCUCCAGCGACUUUAGGCCAUCAUCCAACUCAUAACAACAAGCCACCGAAAAUGAAACGACUCGACAAGUGGAUUGGCAAUUUACUCAGUGAACGGGAACUAAAUUCCGUUCUCUUUCAAUUCAAGAGAAUGCCGUUGUUCAGUUGGCGUCCACGUAUUCUGGGUGGUCGAAAGACACCGGAACCCACUCAAGCCGUGCAGAUAACAAUUGCUCCAGAGCCACCGGAAAUUCCGGAAGCUCAGACGACGUCAAAACCAAGAAAUGUUCGAUUUGAUGAUGUAGCAAAAAGAUCGAAUGAUAAUUAUAUGAAAGAGAGAACACCCACUGAUUGGACAACUAACAACUAUGGGGGAGAACGAAUUAUUGGGACCGUUCGCCCUGAAAAAAAUCUAGCAAGUUCCAGUGGAAGAUUACCUCCAGAAGAACCAAGUAACGAUUGGAGAUAUGCUGAUGACGUCAAAGUUCGAAUUGAUCCAAUUGAUAAUCAACGACAGCUCGAUCCACAACCUUCUCGUUUUGCACAACCAUCUAGAGCCACUUCAGUGCUUCAAAGUUUGAGAGAGCAGAAAGAGAAUUUGGAAUAUGAUGAAAGGAGAAGAGAGGUUUCCACUCUGCCGAGCAACUAUUCCAAUUCCCGUCCAGACAUGUAUGGAACUGUCCAGAGAUUUGAUACAGUCAGCAGAACAGACUCCCAUUUAACCUCAGAUUCCCAAGCAGCAAGACACUUGGAUGAUAUGAAUGUUGUUUUUCUGCAAGCAAACGAUGAAGUUAAACGAACUCUUUUGCCUAGAAAUAUGCAUUCCAUGCAUCAAGUCAAAAUGGCAUUCGUUCGAACAUUCCCCAAUGUGAACAGAGCCUUCGUAGAGCAACCACACGUCAAGAUCUACAUUCAGGAGCCGACUAAAGGGGCUCUAUUCUACGAACUCGAAGAUCCAGGAGACAUUAAAAACAAGUCGGUUCUUCGAUUAAGAGAGAAAACUCGUGUAAUGUCUCCUGUUGCUUAUUUGGAUCAACCGGAUUAUCAUUCGGAAACCGAACAAGAUGAUGGAAGACGUGGAAUGAUGCCAAUGUUGAGGCCAGCGUCUGCAAUGGCAGCUCCAAGUGUGGAUUAUAUGCACAGAAACAUAGUACAGAAACCAGCAGUUUAUGAUAUUUAUUCUGAUCCCUAUAAUUCUGAUACAAGCAGUCAUGACAGUAGAAGUGUUACGAGAUCUGGAUCAGCGACGCCGGUAAUUGACAGGGAAUCCAUAGUGAGAAUGGAAACUAUGGAGAGACAGCUUGCUGGCCUAUCCAAUCUUGUUCACACCGCUCUUGUCAGUAAAGGAAUGAGUGAGACAACGCAAAGAGAUAUGGCUGAACUCAGAAGAGAGAUCCUAUCCAUGCAUCCUGACAGUGCUCGAGAAUCAUCUGAAGAACCCGCAUCUUCUCUAUCCGAUUCCAUUACUUCUCACACCGCUUAUCAGCUUUCCCUACUUCGUAACAAGCUUAAAGAAACUCACAAUGAGUUGAAACAACUCAAAAGUUCUGCACAGGUUGAUGCUCAAACUGGGAACACUUUGCUCAGAGAAGCUGGAGACAAAAUCGGAAGAUUGGUUGCCGAGAAAAUGAGAGGGGGUACUGUAACUGCGAUGAUGGAAAUACCGAAUCGAGGAAGAGACGAAUUGGAUAAAAAUACAGAAACUGAACGAAAUGAGCACGCGAGCCGACUUGCUGACCUACUUCAUUCUCUCACAAGCUUCGAAACCAACGUAGAGGCAGUGAGAGGAUGUGUUCUAUCAAAUCAGAAGAAAUUACGAAUGAGCGAAGUGGAAGAUAUGACCGAAAAACUGACUAAUAUUGGCAGACUUGCUGCGACCCUGAAAACCGACUUCCCACCGAUUCAAAUGUCGAUUGAACAACAAAUCAAGAGAGAUAUGGAACGAGUCGUUCGAGAAGAAAAGUUCAUUCGCGAUCAGAAUGUCGCCGUUGAUCAAAGUCUUCGUCGUUGCAAAGCAUUGGCAAACAUUAUGGUGACAAUGAAGAAGUUGGCGAUGGUUCAGGAUCCGACGAUCCAGAGAAGAAAGAAGGGAGUGGAGCGGGCUGAUUCCGGAGCAGGAACACCAACUAAUGGAGGAACUCCACGUCUUCCACCAAAACCGUCGGUUGCUCAAUCGAUUGCUAUGCAGCCACCACAAUAUCAUUCAUCAUCUAUUCCAUCACCACCUCCACCUCCGCCAUUGCCAGUUCAACAAUCACAAUUGACACAGUCUCUACAACUUGCCGCAACUAGUUCUCCAAUUGUUAAUACUUCAUCAAAUUUUGCGAAAGUUGUUCCACUUUACGAAUACAAGGAAUCUCCAAAGUCGCCAGUAAGUGUUCUCGACAAUGUUCUCGAAGAAGUUGGUGAUCCGAACGGAAUUCCACGUCCUCCAAGUCGGUACUCUGUACAGGAUGUCAGACAGAAGUUCUCGAAGCCACCAGAGCUUCCCGACCAACUCCGUAAUUUAAUAGAAGAUGUCGCUCGACGAGCCUCUCCAGGCCCCGACCAAAUGACGGAUAGAAGACAAGACUUGGAAGAACGACAGGAAAGAUUGGCUGAAAAACAACGACAACUUCGGUCACAGUUUCAGCAGCUUCAACAGCUUGCUCCGCUUCCCUGA